GCAGUAAUUUUUUUAAUGAAUGACAGCACCACGUAUCGGUAAAAAAGGCGGAAGCGUCUUUUCAUCGUCAUUAAAGUGGUAAACGAUUAUAAAAAUAGUAUACAAUAAAUACACUUUAAUUAAGUAAUAUUCUUUAAUUAACAAAAUGACCGUAGAAGAAGAUGUAAUGAGAAUUCAAAAAAAGUUAAAUAAAAUGACAUCGGAAGAUGGAACUGGUCAAGAACAGGCCCUGGAUCUUUUGAAGGAGUUGCAAACUUUAGAUAUAAAUUUGGAAGUACUGACAAAUACCCGUAUAGGUAUGACUGUGAAUGCGUUAAGGAAAUCUAGUAAAGACGAUGAAGUAAUUAGUUUGUCUAAAACUUUAAUAAAAAAUUGGAAGAAGUUUUUAUGUGGUUCAAAUUCGAAUGAAAAAUCUACAAGUAGUACCAGUAGUUCAAACAAACCAAAAAAAGAAAAGGAAGAUAAAUCUAGCCGCGAAGAUAAAGAUAGGGAUAAAGAAAAGAUGUUACCAAAACAGUUUCCUCCUACUUCAAAUACCACAGAUUCGGUGAGACUAAAGUGCAGGGAAAUGUUGGCUGCAGCUAUUAAGACGGAUUCCACAUCUGACGAUUUUGAAGGUUGUGCAACUGCAGAAGAAUUGGCUGAAGAAUUGGAGGAAGCAAUAUUCACAGAAUUCAAAAAUACCGAUAUGCGAUAUAAAAACAGAAUCCGUUCCCGCAUAGCUAAUUUAAAGGAUCCCAAAAAUCCAACCCUCAGAUCUAAUUACAGAAUCGGUGCCAUAUCUGCUGGUAGAUUAGCAGUAAUGACAGCAGAAGAAAUGGCCAACGACGAAGUCAAGAAACUGAGAGAAAGAUUCAUGAAAGAAGCGAUAAACGACGCUCAAUUGGCAACGGCACAAGGUACUAAAACGGAUAUGCUCAAAUGCGGUAAAUGCAAGAAGAGAAAUUGUACUUACAACCAAUUACAGACGAGAUCCUCAGAUGAACCGAUGACUACUUUUGUUCUUUGUAACGAGUGCGGAAAUAGAUGGAAAUUCUGCUGAUUUAAUUCGGUUUUAUUACUGAUUAUGUUUUGUGGUCAUUAAAUAAUAAUAUUUGCAUCCUUAAUGCCAAUUGUAUUUAUCAGUUGUGCAAAGAUUGAUAGUUAAUAAACUUUAAUUUUAAAGAA